AUGCGUCUCCUCAACAGAAAGCAGAGGCUUUCUCUAAUCACCUUCGCCAUCCUCUACUUCACCCUCUUCUUCAUCUGUCGCGCCAAUUCCGCCCGCGACCCAGGCUCAUCCUUCUUCCAGCCACACGAAGGCUACCGUCCCACAUACAGCCUUACCCGAAUCCAAGAAUCCCUACACUACCUCUCGCGCUUCAACCAAACAACCACCACGCCCCAUAACCAACCACCACCGACCACAAAGGAACAUGUAGACCUCUGUGUGGGCAUUGUGACCGUCAAACGGCCCCUCGCCCAAAACAUAGACACAACCAUCGCCUCCCUCAUCGACAGUCUAAGCCAGCACCAGCGCUCCCAGAUCUCAAUCCACCUCCUCUUCGCCCUCACCACGCCCACAGACCACCCCGACUACAACCACCCCUGGGUGCACAACACAGUCAACCGCAUCCUAACCUACGAGACCCAGAACAUCUCCGCCACCACAUCCUACCUCCGCACCCUCGAAGGAAAUAAAAAGUUCACCGCAGAGAAAUCCCUCAUCGAUUACGCUAUCUCCCUCCACUCCUGCUACGACACCACCGACGCACCCUACUUCCUCAUGCUGGAAGACGACGUCGUCGCCCAGCGCAACUGGUUCCCAACCACCACACAAACCCUCCACAGCAUCGGGGAAUGGGUCCAUCGCGGCAUCGUACCCCGCGACUGGCUGUACCUCCGUCUCUUCUACACCGAGAAAUUCCUCGGCUGGAACGCCGAGAACUGGAAGGAGUAUCUCCUCUGGAGUCUUGCGGCCACCGUCGCAGUUGCGACACUGUGUCUUUGUCUGAGGAGGACCGUGCGCCCCGCACACGAAAUCCUCUCGAACGCCUUCCUGGGCCUUGUCUGCUUCGGCGCCGUGCCAGCCGUCAUUCUAUUGUAUUUCGCAUCGGGGCGGGUCACGGUGCAGAGACCCAUGCGGCCCGGGGUGCACCUGAUGAAUCGACACGGGUGUUGCUCGCAGGCGCUGGUUUUUCCGCGCGAGAAGGUUCCUGAUAUCCUUGAGUAUAUGAAGAAGAUGGAGGAUGCGACGAAGCCGAAGCCGGUGGACUCUACGCUGGAACGACUGGCGAAUGAACAUGGGUUUGAUCGGUUGGCGAUUGCGCCGCCGCAGAUGCAGCAUGUCGGGGCGGCGUCGUAUAAGGAGGACGAGAAGAAAUGGCGGAAGGGGGAGUACUCUGUUCGCGGCGCGCAUGGGGUUUGGAGUAUGGAGUUUGAGAAGGCCUAUUCGGAGUAUGAGUUGGUGCCCUAUGGUGGGCAUAUGGUUGAUACUUAUUGGCCACGGUAA